CUCUUCGCUCAUAUGCACCUCCACUCGCCGCCUGCCCCCACGGGCGUCACCUACAAUAUCCUCAUCCGCUCCCUCUGCCGCAGAGCCGACCUGCCCCGCGCCCUCCGGUACCUCAGCCUCAUGGUCCUCUCUGGCUGGCACCCCGACGCCUACACAUUCAACUCCUUGAUCGUGGGCUACUCCCGCACCCACCAGACCGACACUGCUCGUGAUCUGUUCGAUAAAAUGCCUUUGAGAGGAUUCCCGCGGGACGUGGUAUCCUAUGCUGCAAUGAUUGAGGGGUUAUGCGAGACGGGGAGGAUUGACGAGGCAUUGGACUUGUUCACGAAGAUGGAGCUGUGGGACAUGCAUACAUAUGCGGUCUUGGUGAAGGGCCUGUGUAAAGCAGGGUGGGGGGAGGAGGCGCUCCAGAUGCUGCAGAGGAUGAAGAAAUUGGGGUGGCGGCCAAGUACUUGCGCUUAUGCGGCCGUGAUUGAUUUAUGGUGUAGGGAGCAAAGGGUUGUGAAGGCUGAGGAAAUGCUGGAGGAGAUGUCUGACAAAGGGUUGGUGCCAUCUGUUGUUACAUGCACCGCGGUGGUCAAUGGGUAUUGUAAGGAGGGGAGGAUGAGUGAUGCGGUGAGGGUGUUUGAGAUGAUGAAGUUGAGGUGGUGCAAGCCGAACGUGUGGACAUACAAUGCACUGGUGUGGGGGUUCUGCAAGGAGGGUAAGGUGCACAAUGCAAUGGCUUUGUUGAAUCGGAUGAGAGCACAUGGAGUAGAACCAGAUGUUGUGACAUACAAUUUGUUAGUUCGGGCCCAAUGUGUUUAUGGGCAUAUAGAGAAUGCUUUCCGGCUACUUCGUUUGAUGGAAGGAGAUGGUUUAGCUGGUGAUAUAUACACUUACAAUGCGUUGGUGGAUGCUCUCUGCAAGAAUGGGAGGAUCGAUCAAGCUAGCUCCCUUUUUGAUAGCCUUGAAGGGAGAGGCAUAAAACCUAAUUUGGUGACAUUCAAUUCAUUGAUAGACGGGUUAUGCAAAUGUGAUCAAGUUGAUGUUGCAUGGUCAUUACUGGAAAAGAUGGUCUCAGCUGGUUGCACGCCGGAUACCUAUACAUACAGUCCAUUCAUCGUAUACCUAUGCAAGAUGAAGGGAUCACAAGAGGGUUUGUCCUUUAUAGAUGAGAUGCUAAAAAAGAGUGUUAAGCUCACGACGGUCAACUAUACCAUUGUAAUUGACAAGCUAUUCAAGGAGAGAAACUAUGGAUUGGCCACAAAAAUCUGGGGUCAAAUGGUUUCACUGGGUUGCAAUCCUGAUGCAGUUACUUAUACCACAUCUAUGCGUGCUUAUUGCAAUGAAGGAAGACUCAUUGAAGCCGAAAAUGUUGUGAGUGAGAUGAACAGAAGUGCAGUCACUGUAGAUACAAUUGCGUAUAACACGUUGAUGGAUGGGCAUGCAAGUAUUGGGCAGACAGAUUGCGCAGUCUCAAUCUUGAAGCAUAUGAAAAAUGUUGCUUCUAUGCCAAACCACUUUACUUAUUUGAUCUUGCUUAGACAUCUUGUACAAAGGAGGCUAACAGAAGGUGUGCCUUUGUAUGUAGCUGGUUUAUGGAAGACCGCCAGGCUUACUGAUAUCUUUGAAUUGUUUGAGACAAUGAAGAAGAAUGAUAUUAUUCCUAACAUGGAUACUUAUUCUGCAAUUCUGGAGAGGUUCUCUGAAGAUGGAAGAUUGAAAGAGGUGACAUCAUUGGUUUCUCGUAUGAAAGAUGAUAAUCUGUCUUUGAAUGAGGACAUCUACACUGCUCUCGUUAUGUGUUUAUGCAAAUCAAGACAGUAUUCCGGUGCAUGGGCGUUGCUUCACUCCAUGAUUGGUCGUGGUUUUGUACCACAACUGAUGUCCUAUCAGCACCUGCUUUGCGGGCUUAUUAGUGAAGGACAAGCUCAUAUGGCUGAAGAAAUUUUUGGAAACUGUAGAUGGGAAGACUACAAUCCUGAUGAAAUUGUGUGGAAAGUAAUUAUUGAUGGCCUGAUAAGAAACGGUCAUUCAGAUAUAUGCCGUGACAUGGUAUCCAAAUUAGAGCAGAGAAACUGCAGACCAAGUAAUCAAACAUAUGCAAUGUUGGCAGAAGAAUUGUCUACCAGGGGAUAAUAUAUGCUACAUUCACCCAGUCGUGCAACACUGCUGAGCAAAGUUUCCAUCAGCAGUGUAAAAUGCGCCCAAUCAAAGGCUUGUACCCACACAUGAUGUAUCCUACUGGACACCGGAGUUACAUAUUACAUGGAUCAUUCAACACACACUGGGUUCAUGUUUUAUUGCUCUCUCAAAGGUACUGGAUUGAUCUUCAAUAUCGUAAGUUCUUACACUAUUCUUUAAUAACAUACUUCUAGGGCUUUCCGGAAAGCGUUUGACCAAAAUAUUAGAUCACAUUAAUCUUGUCCCACCUAAAGAUAACAAGUCAACAACCUUACUUUUACAUACCGAAGUGGUACUUAAUUUCAAUAGACUUCACUGGUUCUUGAACUGUAAUUAAAAGAACUGUUGAUAAGCUAUUGAAAGCGCUGUCAAUUCCAUGGACUAGGUGCACUGUGCAAGAGGUAAUUGACAAUUUGCUUUUGGAACGUUGGACCUGAAGAUCCACAAUAACUAGCUUCGGGGAAAUAUCACAUGUUGUUUCUUUAAGUCCAUGUAGCUUGCUACGACUUGGGUUCAUACAUUGUUGAUCGACACGUUCGUUGUUGGGUCAUGUAUGCCUAUCCCCAGAAGUUAGCGCCACUUUGGGUCCAACUAAUCAUGUCAGUCCGGGUUCUUUGUCAUACGGAUGAUAGCGACACUAUCAUAUACGUGAGCCAAAAGGCGCAAACGGUCCCAUGCCAGGUAAGGUGGCAUCCGUGGGUAUACCCUGCGUGAGGCCGCAAAGUGAUAUGAUGUGUUACAUGCUAGAUCGGUGUGACUUAGGAUCGGGGUCCUGACAGAGAGAUCUCCUUAUUUGUGACUCGGGGGUGCUGCAUCAAUUUUCGGACCCCCCCCCCCCCCGCAGGCAAUAAGGGCUACAUCUAGUGACCCUUCAAAGUACAAGCACGCGGGGGGAGGGGGGACUGCAUUCAUGGUACUGUAGGCCUCCUGCCAUAAAGGCAGAAGGUCAACAUGCUUACGGCCUAACCUAGUCGCUAGAGUUCACACAAAUCUUAACAUAUGCAGAGCACUGACCUAGAGCUUGCCACCAACGCCAGUGCAUAUCGUCAAUGACCAAACCAAUGCCAGUGCAUAGCGCCAAUGACCAACGAAUAUUUGGUCGAGUGCGGGCGUUCUCCCAACGAAUAUUAAGAAGUCAUACAACACAACAAAUGGCAGGUUCUAAAUAAUAUCAUAUGAAUUGUUACCAUAAAGUACUCGAUAGUACCCUUAUCAAUUUUAUUGCAAAAUCCCGCUUUACAAGCUACUCGCACCAGGAUGCCUUUUAAUAAUACUCUGCAGAGGGCAGACCCCGGCAUCAUAUUCGACUUCCUUGACAACUUCUUGCAGGAACAGAUGUGGAUUCGGACUUCCAGCAUGAGGUCUAACAAUUGUCUGGAGGUUGGCAUUGGGAUAAUGAGCCUGAACCCUACCUAGUACCCGAUGAGCCCCUUCAAAAGCAGUAAAGUACAUCCAAACAUCAAGUUGAUUGGAGGGAUUCGCUAGCAACUUUAGGAUGACCUCAAGGUCAGACGUCAAGUCAGGAUGCCCAGCAAAUAAAGUACCAGCAGCAAUCCCAAGCGCGCCGGUCAUUUGCUCUGCAACAGAGGCAACCUUCAAAAGCCAUUUCUCCGGGUCAUCAAUCUGGAUGGCCGGCAAAGGACCCGCAAUGGAGAUAGAAGCAGACAUAUAAGAAAAUGAUAAUUGCUCACACAACUACGCGCAUGGGACCUCUCUGCACAAACCUCGGGCGGUGACGGAGCAGAUUUUCGUCAGGUCCCUGGUAGGUGUCCAAGUGCAGCUGGAAGUCAUGAAUCGAAGGUCACAGGAGGGGUUUAUCCAGGUUCGGGGCUCCGGAGAGUAAUACUUUACGUUCUGCUGGUUUUGGUUAUUCAUAGUGGAGGGAUACCUCAUGCUAGGGGGUACAAUGGUGUAUGAUGUUGCUACCGAGAGUUCUCCUAUCUGAAGAUAGAUGAUUAAGAGGAACCCUAGACCUCUCUUUGUAUAGACUGUAGAGGCUUGGGGUUUAUAGGUUAGAUGCGAUCUGGGCACCGUCGUCCUCUAGUCUUGGGCGUCAAGAAGGUCAUCUGGCCUCCUAGGGUUGGCGCCGUGUUGUGGGCCCAUUGGGCCCCCUCAUAGUUGAUGAGGCCGGGCUCCUUGGCAUAGCCACCCUCGGUACAGGACCCCGUCAGUAGCCCCCAAGCGUGGCGGAGGUCGUAGUGAGGACCCUGUCAGUAGCCUCCGGUGGGCUCCUUCGUUGUGUCGUGUUCCAGGAGUCCGGCUACAGUGUUAUGGUCUUGAUGGCUUCAGGGAGGUCGAACGCCUGCCUUUUGGGGACCCGCAUGGUCAAAGCCGCCACAGCCUUUAGGCCUCCCCAUCCUGACAUUGGUUUGACAGGUAGGGGGCGCUAUCUUUUAUCUAAACCGUUGCGCCAGUGAGGAGAUUGAAAACGGGUUGACGUAUGUCUUAUUGCGAUAACUUGGCCUUGAUUUCCGUGCCUGCAAGACAUGAAUGAGAACCGCUCACAAGUCGUGGGGUAUGUAGCGCCCAGGGGUGCCUUGAUUCCUGGCUCGCCCGUGGGGGAUCAAAAGAGCAUUGGCGCAACAAGGUGUCAUUUCACCUGCGCCCGCUUCCUCACGCCUCUGCUUCUCUGCACUUCUGCUUCCUUGCAUUUUUGUUCCAUCGCCAUAGCGACGUUCAUAGUCUCUAGGCCCGCCAUUUCCUCCCCCGCAAAACGAGAGAUGAGUCAUUUAGGGUCCUUGAUCGGAGCCGGCCGCGCUCGGGCGACCAGGGAAGCGGAGAAGAAGCGGAAGGCGGAAGGCUCCGCCGCCGCCGCCGAGCCGCAACCCAGCGCCGAGGUCUUCACCAACCGAUGGAACCGCUCCAUAAUCUCGGACAGGGACGUCUAGAAGCUGAGGGGAUGUUCCCAUCCGACCUCCAGUACCGGAUUCCUCUUUCUACGGAGGAAUUCCCAGCACUGCCGGACGGCGUGCGUGUCCUACAUCUCGACUUCUUUGGGCAUGGUCUCGGUUUUCCUCUGCACCCCUUUGUGUCGGGGUUCCUCUUAUUUCUUGGCAUCCAGCUCCACCACCUCAAGCCCACCGGUGUCCUUCAUAUCGGGAACUUCAUCAUGUUCUGCGAGUGCUUUCUCGGGGCCACCCCCAUUUGACCUCUUUCGACGUUUUUUCUGCGUCAAGGGUCAGAUGAGCAGUGACUCCGUUCGCGACAUUGGUGGGGUCAGCAUUCAGCUACAUCCUCAUUCGUCCUUCUUCCCCAUGAGCCUUCCCAGAUUAAUGGGGGUCUGGUAGAAGAGGUGUUUUUAUGCGUUCGACCUUGAGGCCGACCUGACAGCCUUUUCUCGGUGGGGGGGGGGGGGGGGGGGGGUCUCCCCUGCGGCAAAAUUCUUGGGAAUCGCUGACCUGCGUCUCCAAGAUUAUGGAGCUGCUUCUGGAGGUGACUGCGUCCCUGAAGGACAACAGUUUGACCGGCCUCCAGAUCACGCAGACCUGGGUGGAACGCCGAGUCUUUCCUCCAGAGGCCUAUGAUACGGUACUGAGUGAUUAUUGCGGGCUGACCGACCCCGCCCGGACCUCCUCCUGCGACCUCCCGGAGGAGGAGAUUCGCCAUACCUCGCUCAACUGAUGGGGUUGGAUGCCGAUAAGCUGUCCAUGGUGGUUGUGGUCGAGCCCUUCAGUCGCAUGGCCCCACCUAAGGAGGUACGUUUCUUUGGCCUAGUUCUAGGUGAGAAUAGUAAUGGCAAGAUCAGGCUUUGCUUCUGACGCCCGCUCUUUUAACUAUUUCAGCACUUUGCAAAGUUCACCGCUUUUCUUUCGGAGCCCCCGCUUCCCGGACAGGACCUGACCCUGGAGAUGUGGGCACUCCUACAGCCUACCGCGGAGCGCCCCCUCCCCUUUCUUGAUAAGGGAAGAAGGUUGCCUCUUCUCCGGAUGGAGGGGCAAAUAGCGGGGUGCUCGAUGAGCGUGUCACAUUGGGUGACAUCUCGUCCCCACCGUACAUCGCGGAGGAUGAGGAGGUUCGCGGAGGAUGAGGAGGCUGAUCCAGGGGCUCGUGGGAGCCCGGAAGAACCUGCGGUCACCAAGGAGGUCGCCAAGCGGGCAUCUCCUAAAGGCGGCCCUUCGGAGACCGAGCUGGCAUACCCCGUGAUCCACUGACCUCGUGGCGCUCCGGUUUCUCCGAAGUUGUAGGUGCCACUGGCCAUGCCUAUGAACAAGAGGCAGAAAGUUGUGGCACCAGUGAAGUAUGUUGGUGGCCUCCUCGCGAUACUUGCCGUGUUUACGGCUUCCGCUGAGAUCUGACUUGUAUCCUUUUCCAGGGAUCUUGCGACCCCUAAGGCUCCGACCUCUGAUGCUGCAGAGGUGACUGUGCUGAUGCUGCCUGAUGAUUCUCCACUAGUUCCUUAGGAGGUCGCCCCGCUCGUUACCCCAGCAGAGGUCCUAUGUGGUCUCCCUAACGGCGUUGGUGCCGCGCUGGACUCUGUUGAUGCUGCUGGCUCUGGCGUCGUGCUUGCUCACAGAGGGGUGACUGAGGAGGCUAACGUGGGCCACUCUGCUACUGCAGGCCCCAUGUCCUCUGCAGCGCCUGUUGCUGCGGUAGCAGGCGCGCUGGAAGUCUUGAGCACCCAGAUGGAUGGGCUCGUCGUCCUUGGCCCUGUUUGGAUACUCUAACACAGUUAGAGUUAGAGUUAUUUUCUAACCCACUCUAACCCAAAUAAGCACCUCUUCACCGUGAUAGUUGGGUUAGAUGGAACUAACCCACUCUAAUCCUCCCUGUUUGGAUACUUUUGGAUUAUUUGAGCUUCCAACUAACCCAAACUAGCUCUAACCCCAUGAUCUAAACAGGUCCCUUGAGGAGGCUUGCUGUUAGGUGACGUCUUUGUCUUCGAUUACACAAUGCAGCUAUUAGCCCCCGAGACCGGACGAGAUGUCACUUCCGAACUCUCGUUCGGGCUUGUUGUUUGUUCUUGACAGUUUCCUCCUGCAGAAGGUGGCGACUCCGGAGGGCGAGGCAGGCAACCUCAAGUGCUAGCUGGAAGCCCAUCGACAGGAGGUUGUGGGCCUGUUGACGUCAUUGGUCGGUUCCAUCUAUAAGUCAUCAGGUUGCAUCUGAUUCGGUCGGAUUUUUACUGUGAUCUUGUGUACUGGCUAAUUACUUUUAACUUCUUGCUCCACAACUGCUAAGGAGGCCGCAACCUUGCGGCAGGAGUUGUCCGAGUCACAGAGGUCGCGUGGCAAGCUCCGGACUGCAAUGGGCGUCACGGACGGCGAGCCCAAGGAGUACCGGCAGAGAUAGCCAUCCUCGAGAGCACGAUGGCCAGCAAAACGCGGAGCUGCCGAAGCAGGCGGCUGUCCUGAAGAAAAAGGAGGCCACCGCCGAGCGGGUCGGUAAGGCCCGGUCUGCUGCGGAGGACCUGGUGAAGCAGUUGAUGAAGCGACUUCAGGACCUGGAGGCCGCUGCUAUGCAUAAGCUUUUAUUUCUUCCGCGUAGUUUCCCAUUGCUUUGGCCAUGGCUUGAUGGGAUGUUCCUUUUGUAGUGCCACUUCUGGACGUCGCCCGUGUGGACCCAGUGAGGCGUCUCAAGCAUGUUGCUGACUCACGCAACGGAUGUGCACGACGCUAGGCAUGCCGUGUGGAACGCUAUACCGCGGCGAGAAGGACCUCGACGACACCUUGGACGGUGUCGUCAAGCUGCGGGAGAAGGCACCUGAUCAGCUUCUGGACUAGCAGUACUCUGCAGCGUAUGAGGGCGCUAUGCGGGUACUGGCUAGUGUGAGGGUGCAGCUUCCGAACGCCGACCUUGGCAUCAUCGUCCAUGGCACUCCUGACUCCUGAGCGUCCACCCCCGGAGCCCUGGUCAGUGGAGGUCGGGUCCGAGGCCGAGUAUGUUGCGGAUGCCUACAAGAUGGAGGAGAUUCUGAAGUGGUGCUCAGCUCGUGGGGAGGGCAAGUAGACCUCUUAUAAUUUGAAACACCAUUUUUUUUUCAAAAGGGGGACUCCCCGGCCUCUGCAUUAUGAUGCAUACGGCCACAUUUAUAAAUAAAAUAGGUUCAACAAGGUC